CGGGAAAUUGCCUAUUUCAUUUCCGAUCAGCGCCAAGUUCCAAGAGCUUUGGCCAGGGUCUUUCUACCAACCAACUUUAGACGAAGCAUCAGUCAAGCUGUUGAGCGUAGAGCUCUUACCAGCCGAGGGCUUUCCCACGAGGCCGAUGAGGGGAUCGCGAGGCAUAACGAAGAAGCGUUUUGCUCAGUCCAAGGACUUGAUAGAGGCUCGACUGAGGGCAAAGUCGCUAGAUUCAGCCCUAAUAUACAAGACCAGGGUUUGCUUUCGUGGUCGGAGUCCAAGACAAUAUCUACAGAUGUGGAACUUGUCUCUGACAAAAUAAUGGCAGAACACUGAUGUACUGAUUGAUCCUUAUUUAUGUUCUCAAAAGGGCGGAAAGACUCUACCGUCGAUAUGAUACGAAGGAAAUGAGCGUACGUGACUCCAGUUUCAUCGUAUGAAGGCUGCUCGGCGCAAAAUUAGUUCUCGGCCAAAAGAGGCUGAAGUGGGUCAAGUUUCUGUGGUCGGUGGUAAUAGCCCGGGUAUGUCUGAACCUUUCCAUUUGUCUGACGCUUGUGGCAAGCGUAGUAACCGACAUUCUCUUGUUCAAACAGCCUCUUCCAACCUAAACUUAUCCCGGGCUCACCUUUUCGGACCAUGUUUUCAAAAUCAACCUUAUCAAUCGACAUUUUCCCCACCUGGGCACGCUUGAAUGAUGUGGAAUUUACCAACGCCAAAUUGCAAGAGACGAAUGGAAAGGGAAUUGGCUUAGUGGCCACCAACAACUUGACAGCAAGUGUAGAAACACAGGGACUUGAAGGAGCGGAGGACAAACCAGAGAGAGAGGGCCAAGUUUGCAAUUCAGAUGGGGAAAAGGGCGAAAGAGCUAGGGUAGAGACUCAUGGUCAUGCCAACAACCACCUAAGAAAGAUACUACAGGUUCCCCAUGAUUUGAUCCUUUCAACCGCUUCCAUCGAAGAGUAUUCCAAGGUCGACCAAAACUUUCGUCAACUGCUGGACUCUGCAGGGCAUCAGGUAUGUCGCUAGACUAGAAGACAUCUGUUCUCUGAUACAACAAUAGCCAUAGGCCGUCUGGGAGCGUGCACUAACAACUGCUAACUGUUCCUCAUCAAAGUCGACCCGAGCAGAUAUUAUGAUGUAUCUCUUGGCACAUCUAGUUCUCUCCAGCCGAGAUACUUCAAGCCCGAGAGACCUUGCGCCAACACCAUGGACAGAGUACCUGAAGUUUCUGCCUCGUGAUAUCCCGGUCCCAACAAUGUGGUCGGAACUUGAGCGAGCUCUGCUCCAGGGCACUUCGCUAGAGGUUGCACUGGACGCUAAGCUAUCAGCUCUGAACAAGGAGUUUGAUGAACUCAUCGAAAGAUCAUCAGCUCUUCCGUUUUGGAACUCGUUCUUUUGGGAAAGAGAAGCGGUGACUAUUGAUGAUUGGGUAUUAGUUGACGCGUGGUACAGAUCUCGGUGUCUGGAACUACCAAGAUCUGGGCACGCCAUGGUUCCUGUCCUUGACAUGGCCAACCACUCGCACUCCCAAACCGCUUACUAUGACGAAGACGAUGAAGACAACGUUGUCUUACUUUCUCGGCCUGGUAUGGAAAUCUCCACUGGAGACGAAGUGACUAUAUCCUACGGAGAAAAGUCACCUGCAGAAAUGAUUUUCAGCUAUGGGUUUAUUGACCGCGAGUCUACUGUAGAGGGACUGACUCUACCUCUGGAGUCUUUGGCCGAUGAUCCAUUAGGAAAAGCAAAACUCCACAUUUUUCGAGGGUCGCCAACUCUUAAGCUAUCUCGAUCAGACGGGGAAAUAAGCUGGCAAUGUCCUUUCGUCUACUUGAUGUGUCUGAAUGAGGAGGAUGGUCUGGAGUUCAGGGUCCUUCAAGGAACAAAGGGAGAGCGGGAGCUAAGGCUUUUCUGGCAGGAAGAAGAUGCCACGGCUCGAGCGAAUGAUUUUGGAGAUCUCAUCAAGAACCACCCCCUCUGUCAAAUCUUUAGGCUUCGAGCUGUUUCGGUCUUGCAUGAAGUCGUAACCAACCAUCUCAUGCAGCUCUCUUCCGAGAUUUCCCAUGAUGAACUUGAGCCAUUGCGCCGGGCCGGACAGGUCAGAGAUGGCCGCCUCCAACUGGCUCAAAAGCUCAGAGAAAUAGAAGCCAGUGUGCUUGAGAGCGCUGCCAUAGCUUUGGAUGAACAGAGGACCCAUCUUUUUGCGGACGACCACGUGGUAGCAUAUCUCGGAUCGAUGGAAGUUUCCCAAGACAGGCAAGCGUUUCAAUCAGCGACCAAUGAAGAAGAGGAUUUCAGUUGAUGCUUGUCGGCUAUUGUUGAGCAUUGCCAUCCUGGGAUUGUGGGGUAGCCGGCAAUUGCUUCACCUGCUUGUCACCACGUACAUCCUUGCUUUUCUCUCUGUAGCAUGAAUGGCACCCUGUGUGACGAAGCUAUUGCGAAAUCAUCACAUUAGCAUUCGCGUCAGUUUAGAGAAUCCUCAGCUUUCUGUUCACCUAUCGUAUUUCUCUAUCUCUUACAAGAGUCAUGUGGUAAUUAGACCAUGGGCAAGUCUCUGAUAACCAAUGGCAUCAACUAAAAUUCGGGCAAAUUCCGUUACCAAAAGUCCGUUGUGGGAUGAAUCAAUUAGAGCAGUACUGAGAAGGGUAUCCUCCUGCUACUUUCCUAGCCGAUCAUCUCUAGGAUUCGAGAAAGCAUCUGUAAUAUUUUUGUUCAAGGGAGCUGCCUUGCGUAUUAGCAGAGAAAUAGUUGUGCCAUACUUUGAGAAGACAAUAAACCCCUGAAUAGCCAGUGAAGUCAGAUAAAUCAGAACCCUUUCUCAUUGCUUUGCUUCGUAGAAGCAGAAGGGUCAUAAACGUUCUGGGUAUCUUACGCAACAUGAAAGCCGUUAAACUCAUGCGCCGCCAAGAUUGUCGAGGAAAAGUGCGUCACUCUGUUUUAUUGUGCGGAUCGAGAACAAGGUUCAUCG